AUGACUUGCAAUCCUAAGUGGAAGGAGAUUCAAGAAAAUCUUUUAUCAGGUCAACAAGCAUGUGAUAGACCCGACAUUGUAGCUCGUGUAUUUCAUUUGAAAAAAAAUCGUUUACUUGAUAUAGUCGCAAAAAGCAAUUUCUUUGGAGAAAGUGCGUCUUAUGUUUAUGUUAUUGAAUUUCAAAAGCGUGGUCUACCACAUAUGCACUUAUUAGUAACUUUAAAGCAUGCUUAUAAAAUAAUUACACCUGAAAUUGUUAACAAAUUUAUAUCAGCUGAACUUCCUGAUAAAGAACUGGAUCCUAUUUUAUAUGACAUCGUUGUAAAAAACAUGACUCAUGGUCCUUGUGGUGACUGGUGUAUGGUAAACAAUAAAUGUUCAAAAAAAUUCCCGAAAAAUUUUCACAACGAUACAACUAUGGACGAAAACGGCUAUCCUCAUUAUCAAAGAAAAGAUAAUGGCGUUACUCAUGAAUUAUCUAAUGGUCAUGUCAUUGAUAAUCGAUGGAUUGUACCACACAGUCGACAAUUGUUGAAAAUAUUUAACUGUCAUAUAAAUGUAGAAAUUGUUUCAAGUGUACGAGCUGUUAAAUAUUUGUAUAAAUAUAUUUAUAAAGGACUUGAUGCAGCAACUGUAACUAUUGGCAACCAUGAGAAUGCAUCUAAAACUUAUAUCAAUCAUGAUGAGAUAACUGAUUUUAUAGAAACUCGAUAUGUCGGUCCGGUUGAAGCAUGUUAUCGAAUUUUCAGCAAACCAUUACAAGACAAAAGUCACUCUAUAGAACGAUUACCAGUUCAUUUACCAAAUCGACAGUGCGUAAUAAUUUCCAGUGAUACAAAUGAUAUUGUACAAAAUUUGAAUCAAGCAAGUAGUAAAUUACUUGAUUAUUUUAAAUUAAACAUUGAAAAUGAAAAUGCACGUAAAUAUUUAUACAACGAUAUUCCAUCGUUUUUUGCUUAUAAAAAACAAAAAAUCAACGGAAUUAUGGUAUCGGAAUGGACAACACGUAAAAAACAUUUUAACUGUAUUGGUCGAAUGUUUUCUGUCAGUCCUACACAAGUAGAAUUAUUCCACUUACGAUUGUUAUUAUUGCAUGUAAGAGGAGCUACAAGCUUUGAUGCGUUAAAAACUGUUAAUGGCAUACUACAACCUACGUUUAUAGCAGCUUGCUUAGAACUCGGACUUAUAGAAGACGAUCAAGAAUGGGCCAAAGCAAUGGAAGAAGCAACAAUAUGGAUGAUGCCACGCCGACUUCGACAAUUAUUUACACGAAUCCUAAUACACUGUCAGCCAAUACAUCCGGAAGAAUUAUGGAAUAAAUUCAAAGAUGCAUUAUCUGAAGAUUUUUCACGGACACAUACUACUGCUAUAAGCUAUCAAAUGGCAUAUGCUGAGAUAAAUAAUUUAUUAAAUUAUGAAGGUAAAAGUUUAUCUGAUUUUCCGUCCAUGGAUCAGACAGUAAUUACUCAUAAAUUAUCAGAAAAUGAUAAUGAAUUAUUACAAACAGAAUUUGCAGAAAUUGGCGAAAAACAAUAUAAGCUAUUAAAUGAGCAACAAAAAGAAAUUGUUGAUGUUAUUUUGGAUAAAGUUAUUAAUACUGAUAAUCACGAAAAUAAUUGUUUAUAUAUUAAUGGACCAGGGGGGUCUGGAAAAACGUUUAUUUAUACAACUAUUUACAACUUAUUGUGCUCAAAAAAUAUUAAAGUAUCUUCAAUGGCUUUCACUGGUAUUGCGGCAGUAUUACUUCCUAAAGGAAAAACAGUACACAAAACAUUUAGUCUUCCUGUUCCUAUGUUUAACGAUUCAUCAUCAAAUAUUACAACUCAAUCGAAAGAAGGUCUUCUACUUAAGGUAGUUCUAUCGCACUACGAGAGUCAAAGCCAAAUAGUUGUGAAUUUGACUAGCGUAUUUUGUAAAUCUGUCAACGUCGCAUCUUAG